UUGUGUUAACAGCAGCAGUGGAAAUUUCCAGUCGCUCAUUCAUUGCUGGUUUAGCGAAGGUGUGCAACGGGAAGGACAUAAUUACACGUUAACGUCUUGUAACUGUUCAGACAAUCGUUUGGACCAUAUUUAUCAGCUUAACUACAAACACCUGAAUCUUCGCCUUUUUGCAUCUUCUGCCUUCGCCCUUGACAUUUUACAGUCAACAUGUCCCAGCAGCAGAUUAGCCUCCCUGCCAAGCUCAUCAAUGGUGGCAUUGCCGGCAUUGUUGGGGUCACGUGUGUCUUCCCCAUUGACUUGGCAAAGACCAGGCUUCAGAACCAGAGAAGUGGGCAGCAAAUCUACAAAAACAUGAUGGACUGCCUUGUCAAAACUAUUCGAUCAGAGGGAUACUUGGGAAUGUACCGAGGCGCCGCUGUAAAUUUGACCUUGGUGACCCCCGAGAAGGCCAUCAAGCUGGCAGCUAAUGACUUCUUCCGCCAGCACCUUUCCAAGGACGGGAAGGGGUUGACGUUGUUCAGAGAAAUGCUGGCGGGCUGUGGGGCCGGCAUGUGUCAGGUCAUUGUUACUACCCCCAUGGAAAUGCUGAAGAUCCAGUUACAGGACGCCGGCAGGCUCGCGGCCCAGCAACAGAAACCGGUCAUGAUGGCUCCCACGAAGCUCGUGGUAACAAACGCGGUUCUCAGCCGCUCCUACAACUCGGGCCCCGUGGCGUCGGUCCCCAGGGCCGUGUCGGCCACGCAGAUCGCGAAGGAGCUCGUGCAGGCGCAGGGCAUCCAGGGCCUCUACAGGGGUCUGGGGGCAACACUGAUGAGGGAUGUACCCUUCUCUAUUGUUUACUUCCCGCUGUUUGCCAACCUGAACCGCCUGGGUAAACCCAGUCCUCAGGAGUCGUCGCCCUUCUACUGGGCCUUCCUCUCCGGGUGUGUUGCCGGAUCUACCGCUGCCGUCGCUGUUAACCCGUGUGAUGUGGUGAAGACCAGACUGCAGUCCCUCAACAAAGGAGCAAGUGAGGAGAGUUACAACGGAGUUAUGGAUUGUGUUAGUAAAAUCAUGCGGAAGGAGGGUCCCGCUGCCUUCCUGAAGGGCGCCGGAUGCCGGGCUCUGGUCAUUGCACCUCUGUUUGGAAUCGCGCAGGUCAUGUAUUUUGUUGGCGUCGGUGAAUAUAUCCUGGACAACUUCUCCCUGAGUUUUCUGUCAAUCUGAGUCGUCUCAGCAGGCGACCUACACACAGGACCCGAUGGAACAACAGGCAGCUACAUGCAAUCCGUUUACAGCAACAAAAAAAAGAGGAACUCCUGACUUUUUUUUGUUAAAUAAUCUAUAUAGUUUGACAGCUGUGUUGCACUUGCACACUUUUGACUCUGAAGCCGACUGAGCCCGUUGUUUGCACUUGAAUCUGUUUUGCCUUUUUAAGGUGGUGGACUCAGAAUUACAGUGUUGAUCUGUCCUAGUCCUAAAGCAUUCAUGUCCAGGUUCCCUCUAUGAGGGAGAGGAACUCAAUCACAGACCCGUUUUCUGGUGUUUUAAUGUUUCCAACUUUGUGUCUUUGCUAUUUCUAUGAAUAGGAUAUCUUUGUUAUAUUUAUAUAUAUAUAUAUAUAUAUAUAUAUAUAUUUUAUUUCCUUUUUGCCCAGUUUCCAUUAAUGUCUCAUCACACAGAACCUUCAGCUUAGAAAUAAGACUUGUGAUGGUUAAAUGUAUGAGGCCCAGUUUACGUUUGCAUUUUUUUAAACAUGUUUUAUAUUCUACUGUUUGACAUUAAAGGUGCAUUGUGCAAGUUCCAGGGUUUUUGCUGACGUCUGCCCCUUCUGGCGACAUGUUGAAAUGACACCAGUGUUGGAGCAAAGUAACAGUUUGAACGAGAGCGCGUCAUGGAGGCUAGCCCAGAGGAUUCGGCCCGAAUCGUUCUCUCAAACUGACUAACGGGGGCCCAUAUAAACAUGCACAACUUAAGCAAUGCACCUUUAAGUUUGGUUGUUUCAUUGGGCUAAUCUUGAACCUUCCUACUGGCGUGGGACCAUGCAGGUUACCAAACCAUUAAAAGCGUCCUCAUUUACACUUCAUCGUCCCGUUUGUUGUCAAAGGUUGACUGUUUGCAUUUCCUUUCCAAAGCUUGACGUUUUGUUAUGCUUAUUACGCUUGUCUACGCAAUCUCACUUUUACAUAUGGAGACCUGAACAUUUACUCUAAAUGCCACUUCUGGAUUAUGCUUUAAUAGAGCAGAAUUGUAUUAAUUUGGUUCUGAGGCUGCAUUAUUGACUUGAAUUGAACAUAAAUACUGUGAGAGAUGAUGUUACAUACUGUCAUUGUGAUCUGUACACACUAGAUCCAUUAAAUCUUUUUUUUUUUUUUCCAUUCA